AUGUAUCAAACUGGUCGCGCUCACUUGGGGACUGGUAAAAUUCACGAAGCUACGGUUCUUUUGGCCGUGCCUUCCGCUGAAUCCAAAGCACAACUACAGAAUAAUAAGACGUUAGAUGUACCUAAGAGAAAACGUUCGACGUUGCUUUACACUGAAUCUGUAUCGAUGCACGAUGAUCGUCGUGAACAUAUGUCAUAUACUAGCUAUUGUUAUCGUCACACGAAAUAUCAUGGCCAGUAA